UUGUCAUGUACAGUAGGUGCGGUAUUUUCCACAUCUCAACGUAUUUGUGACUCAAAAUGCAAUGCAAUGCACAAAUAGUUGUAUUUUGUCACAAAAAGUCAUCAAUUUAGCCAGAAAAGUGUUAUAUGUGUUUUUAGCCUCACACGCCUCCGUUAUCGAAGCCAGAGACUUGGGUGGAAGCUCUGAACUUAUUUUAAUAAAAACUAGUUUUCCGUUGUCCACCGUCGCCAUCGAGAACAACAAAACAAAUUCCCCCACGAUUACAACUCGAGUCUUGCUUGGGACGCCAUUGGCUACAAUGGCGAUCGCUAUAUAGGCUCUGACCAAUUGGCGGUCUUACUGUACAUCGCCGCUGUUCAAUCACAAGCCGGCGAGCGGCCACUUGUGCCCGCCCCCACUAGACGUCAGCUAGUAGUCAAACCGAAACAAGUCACUUAGUAGAGUGGACGAGAUGGGCAACACGUAGCUCGAGUGACCCCAGUGAAGCUUUUAAAUAAGUGCUAAAUAGAACUCAAAUCUUGUUAUGUUCUGAUUAAAGUUCCAGUGCGCAUUUAUACGUAACUUAAAGCAGCUGCUGCUGGUGGCCACACUUUUCCCUCACCACCCACGUUUUCGCUGUGCAAAGUUGGCCUUUUUGGGAAGGAUGUCAGUCCCCGGCAACUCGCUCCAGCAGCCCCGGGUGAGGCGCAGUAACGCCGGCUCCCCGGGUUCGUUCGGCAACGGCGGCUGCCGGCUGCACCCGCUGCGCGCCACCGUUCCCUACCAGCUGCUGCGCGGCGGCCAGGGCAGCCCGACGCGGCCGCCGCACAGCGUCCACGGCGGGGCCCCCGCGGGCAGCCGAGGCUCCAGCCCCCCCUCUAGCCCGACCCUCCUCCUCCCAGGAAGUAAGCAGAGGCUGUCGCCCGAAAAUAAGGACGCCUCCUGCGCCCCGGACUCGCCCGUUUCCAGAGCAGAAAGGCCCAAGUUGCAGAUGCGAAGCUCCAGUGCCAUCCGGCGGGCUUCUUCCUUGGAUGCCAUCACAGGGCCGUACCUCACCGGACAGUGGCCCCGAGAUGUUCACGGCCCUUACCCCUCCUGUAUGAAAGACAAGGCCACUCAGACUCCAGGUCUGUGGAUGGAAGAGGGGGUGGACCAAGGAAGUCCUCACCAGAGGUCAGCCUCGUGGGGAAGCGCAGACCACCUCAAGGAGCAAAUUGCCAAGCUGAGGCUUCAGCGCAGCAAACAAGGAAGUCGGCAGAGCAAAGAACGAGACAUCUCGUCGGGGCCGCCACACGCCCAACAUGCUGCCGCCGCCUGUCCCUCACAGCAUAAGGGAUCUUCUUGUUCUCUGUCCACCAAGUCGCUGAUCUGCAGGGUACCCAGCAGCGUGGAGGCCAUCAACCACGAGCUGGAAAACGUCUUCAUCAGAAAUGACUGGGAGCACGGCAUACAGGCCACGGAUGCGGCAGACGGCCGUCGGGCUCCUUUCCCACUGCAUCGCUACAGCAACAUCGGGGAGACGCGGGACACGGACACCCAGGCCCCCUCCAGCGGAGAGUCCAGUCCGUCACCCCGACGCCGCAGCCCCCUAAGUCCCCAACACCUGCACUCCCCAGACGGAAGCCCCUCGUCCUCUGCGGAUGAUGUGGAGAAAGAGGGUACGUGCGGCUCCCCGCUGCCGAAGUUCGCCACGUCCCCCAAACCCAACAACAGCUACAUGUUCAAACGAGAGCCACCGGAAGGUUGCGAGAGGGUCAAAGUCUUUGACGAGAUGCUGUGUGGCCAAUCCAAAGGCUUCCCGCUCUUCUCGUGUCCCGACAAAAACAAGGUGAACUUCAUCCCUCGAGGUUCGGCUUUCUGCCCGGUCAAGCUGCUCUGCUCGUCCCUCUUCUCGCCCGUGUCGUGCGCCAGCGACGGCGACGACACCGCCGCCGGUCUCCACGGCGACGACGCCCAGUCUCAGGAUGCGCCCGACAGGCAGGAAGCGGAGGCGGUCAUGGGCGGUUUGUCGCCAGGAAUAUAAGAGACACUGCCACAUUAUAAAACAACAACAACAACAACAAAAAGCUUCGCACUCCGUUAAUCACAAAUUAAGAACAUGUCCACACGGUCACUGAUAUUUUUUUAAACAUUUUUUUUUUUACGUGCUCCACACUCAAAACAAAGCAAAGCAAAUUUAGUUAGUGGGUACGGAAAGUUUUCAGACCCCCUUAAAUUUUUCACUCUUUAUUAUAUUGCAGUCAUUUGUUAAAAUCAUUAAAAAAUUUUCCUCGUUAAUGUACACACAGCGACCCACAUUGAGGGGAAAAAAAUGUAAUUGUUGAAAUUUUUGCUGAUUUAUUAAAAAAGAAAAACUGACAUAUCAUACAGCCAUAAGUAUUCAGACCCUUAUCUGUGACACACACAUUUAACUCGAGUGCUGUCCAUUUCUUCUGAUCAUCCUUGACAUGGUUCUACACCUUCAUUGGAGUCCAGCUGUGUUUGAUGAUACUGAUUGGACUUGAUUAGGAAAGCCACACCCCUGUCUAUAGAAGACCUUACAGCUCCCAGUGCAUGUCAGAGCAAAUGAGAAUCAUGAGGUCAAAAGGAACUGCCUGAAGAGCUCAGAGACAGAAUUGUGGCAAGGCACAGAUCUGGCCAAGGUUACAAAAAACAUUCUGCUGCACUUAAGGUUCCUAAGAGCACAGCGACCUCCAUAAUCCUGAAAUGGAAGACGUUUGGGACGACCAGAACCCUUCCUAGAGAUGGCCGUCCGGCCAAACAGAGCGAUUGGGGGAGAAGCGCUUUGGUGAGAGAGGGAAAGAAGAACCCAAAGAUCACUGUGGCUGAGCUCCGGAGAUGCCGUCGGGAGAUGGGAGAAAGUUCGAGAAGGUCAACCAUCACUGCAGCCCUCCACCGGUCGGGGCUUUAUGGCAGAGAGGCCCGACGGAAGCCUCCCCUCAGUGCAAGACACAUGGAGUUUGCGAAAAAAAACACUUGAAGGGGUCUAAUGAGACCAAGAUAGAACAUUUUGAUCUUCAAUUCUAAGUGGUGUGUGUGGAGAAAACCAGACACUGCUCAUCACCUGUCCAAUACAGUCCCAACAGGGAAGCAUGGUGGUGGCAGCAUCACGCUGUGGGGGUGUUUUGCAGCCGCAGGAGUGGCUUCAAAAUACCGAAGGAGUGGCUUCAGAAGGAGUGGCUUCAGAACAACUCCGUGACUGUUUUUGAAUGGCCCAGCCAGAGCCCUGAUUUAAACCCAAUUGAGCAUCUCUGGAAAGACCUGAAAAUGGCUGCCCACCAACGGUCACCAUCCAACCUGACAAAACUGGAGAGGAUCUGCAAGGAGGAAUGGCAGAUGAUCCCCAAAUCCAGGUGUGAAAAACAUGUUGCAUCAUUCCCCAAAAGACUCAUGGCUGUAUUAGCUCAAAAGGGGGCUUCUAAUAAAUACCGAGCAAAGCGUCUCAAUACUUGUAAAAAUUUUAACAAUUCAGUUUUUUUUUCUGUUAAUAUGGGGUGCUGUGUGUACAUUAAUGUGGAAAAAAUUAACUUAAAUGAUUUUAGCAAAUGGCUGCAAUAUAAUAAAGAGUGAAACAUUUAAGGGGGUCUGAAAACUUUCCGUACCCACUGUAUAUAGUGCAUUUCCUACACAAGGUAACUCAAUGUGCUUUACAUGAUUACUUGAAUUGGAAAGACUAGAAGAGAAAAGUCAUACAAGAGUCCCUGUAUUACCCUAAUCUGAUAAAAUCAGCUAUUUUAUACAUUUUCCAAUCUAUUUAGAUGUGCUGAAAACUUUGACCCUUUGGAGAAACUUUGGUAUCCGUGGCAAAAACACGACACGAUGAUCCCUACACAAUUCAAACUUCGUGUGAGGACAAACGGAUUUACAACUGAGACUGUCACUUAAUGAGCUGAAUAGUCGACAUUGGCUUACUGUAGCUAAAACAGCAUUGACUUUUCCCAACCUUAGCCUGAAGACUAGAUAGCGAUUAGCAUGGUGCGAGUCAGCUGCCAGUCCGCUCAUCAAAGGGUCCUACAUUUCUUAACGUGUAUGUUGAGUACGACACGGUUCUCGGUCUUUGCACGUUUUCAGCAAUUAUCAUCCAACGUAAUAACCUAACACCAAAUAAUGAAGUCUCUGAAUUCACUUCAGAGGGUCUGCAAGUAUGACUAAUGUUAAGAUAUAAAAUUUCUCCCCCCCCCCCCCCCGCCCAAAAAAAAAAACUUAAUUUCUAUUUUGCCCAAAAAUACACCGUUGAAGAUUCCGACAUUUCACUCUUGAAAGUGAUGACGUUAUUCUUGUAAAUUGCUUUUGUUUUUCUUUUCUUUUUUUAUUGGAAGAAAAAUACAGCUUAAUAUCACUCUCUUAUAUCUGAGACUAAAUGAGAGUUUGUUCGCAUUUGAUGACAACUUAAUUAUUGACAAAAAAAACUUUGUACAUAAAAAAUAUACACGACGCCCACAGGAGAGCGAUAAUGUUUAAGAUUAUGAUUUUUUUUCCUUAAGAAUAUGACAAAAAAAAUACAUUUACAACUUCUGUUUAGAUUGUGUCAAAGAAAAUAGCACCUCACUCUUUUAAGAUUGACUUUUUCUUGAAACCAAUGACUUUAAUCAUCUAAAAUGACGUUAACUUUACCUAAAAAUGAAAUGACUAUACUUGUACGUUUACAAUUUUAUUGUUCGGGGCGUAGGAAAGUUGAAAAAUUCUGGCGAUUCUUGUAAGAUUACUACUACUAAAACAAACAAACAAACAAUCAAUCAACAAAUACCAUUAUCCCAAUAACAACAAAUAAAUAAAUCUCAAUAUUUUUUACGGUAUUCUGGAACAAAGCGUUUUGGCCAAUCAGAAUGUUGACCAAAAGGCCUAGUAAAUGUCUGAAAAUAUUUGUUUGUGUGGACACGUCCUUAGCCAGGCUUCUACUUGCUGGUUUUUGGCCCUUGUGAGGAUAAUGGAUGGAUGUUUUUAUCUGCUCUUUUUUUUCAACUACAUGACACAAUUUGACUUGGUUUUAUCGCCCCCCCCCCCCCCCCCCCCUUUUUUGUUUUCCUUUAAGCGAGUGACCAAAAGUGCAAGUGCCUCCUUGCUGUUAGUUACACGAAAUCUUCUUUUGAAAACUUUGAACUUGUUAGCGCAUUCCUCAGAGGUCCUGCUGCAUCGUGGGUAAGCGCGGAUACUGGUCUCGCCCUCUUAAAGUGACAGAUGUUAUUAAACGGACCAAAGCAAACAAAAUGUGACAAAACAAUUGGAUUACGAGUGGACGGUCAGUACCUGUGUGUGAAGAAAAGGUGUUUUUGUUGGGUUUUGGAUGAAAAAAAUCAAAACUUACCCAGCCAGGUUCGAAAGGAGUAUUAGUGCCUCAUGCAAAUUAAUUAAUGGAAUUGUACAAUGAGAAUAAAGUCUCAAGAAAACGUCAUCUUACAUGAAGGAAAAGUUUGUUUUCUAAGAAAAAAAAUUAUGGAAAAGUUGUUUGUCAAGUAAAACACUAUACAUUUUUUAAAUUGUAACCUUAGUCGAAUAAAUUGUAUUUUAACAAGUUUUUCUUAGAAAAUUAUUAUUAUUAUUAUUAUUAUUUUUUUACAAAAUCCACAUUUUCUUAGCAGUUUUUUUUCUUUGAAGCUAUUAAAAAAUCUGAUUAUUUUUGUGUUUGAACUUCAGAGAUGACGAACUGGUACAAGAAGUCAUUUUCCCAGGGGAAAUUGUUUUUAUUAAAAUCAAAAUUUUCAGAUUUUUCUGAAGUCCAUUUUUUUUCCAAGAGUUGAACUUUGCCAAUAGAAGGGUUAAGUAUAGCCCCCCCCCCCCCCAAAAAAAUAUUAUUUUCAGUGGAAGAAAAAUUUUUUCUUUUGGAGGAGGGGGUCAAGAAAAAGCUCAAUUACUGGAAGGGGAGGGGAUGAUUUUUGUGUGAUGAUAUUUCGAUUUUUUAAAUUUUAUUUGUGAUCUGUUAAAAAGGCCAUGAGACUUUGUUUUUAAGAAAAUACUUUUUAGAAAGACAAUAAUCCGGAGGAAGCGAAAUACAACUUUCUCAAAAAUAUACGGCUUCUCAUAAGAUGACUACUUUAUUCUCAUAUUUGAGUUUUCUUUGUGCGGUGGCCAGCAAAAAGAAAACUCUCUUUGCCAUUAAAAAGUGUGUGUAUCAUGAUGUUUGCGUUGUGAAUGGCUAAACAAUAUUUGUAUCACAGGUGCUAAACCACAUGUAAGCACUUACUUGAUCCUGAUCUUUCUCCUAAAAAUUGAGACCAAUUUUCAGUUGAAAAGAAUGAAAAAGUGGAGCGUGUAAUUGAUGUUUCAUUGACGCCGUGACGACUGGUGUGUUUGUGUGGCACCGUGCGCACAACCACAGCUAUGAGCAACAUAGGCAAUGCAUUCCACCAGCCAAAUGCAUAUUUAACAUUCACAUGUAGUGUGCAUUUGGACAUCACCGGGCUUCUCCUGUCCUGUGUGCGACUGCUUUCUUUUCCAAUAAAGACAACAGAAGUGCACGCUGUUCCUAAAAUUGAUGUGACUUUCGGCUUGUCCCAUCAGGGUCGUACACCCUAUGAAUAGCACAUCAUCCAGCACGUGUCAUUUUUGCUCAAAAUUCUUUUGUAUUAUAAUUUUUUUGAAAUCUUUCUUUUACAAAACAUUUUUAGUGUUUCUGUCAUGUUUUGGAAAAAAAAAUAAAGGACAUUUUUUGAGGAAGAAGAAAAAAAUAUUUUUACAAAAAACACCUUUUGGAAAUACAAUUUUCAGAUUAUAGCUGUGAGCAGCUAUAAUCAGGCCCUCGCACCACGGCCCCGUCGGGGUACUGGCACCAUAAAAAUGUAUUGCACAUAAAAUAAAACAUUUAAAAAAGUCAA